UGUGGUGGACCUCCUCUUGCUCAAAUUUGUGUCGCUGCGGCAAAAACACGUCGGCCCAAUUAUUCGACUCCAGGCUAGCUUCAGGCCUCUACAUUCUAAAAACGACUGGCAGUCUUGGCCCUUAUGCUUUCCCGCAACUCACCUUUUCGCACACUGAGAUUGAGACUUGCUGCUAUAUAUUCACUCCCUUUCCCCAUGCCUUGCCGCCGAGGGAUCUGUUGACCUCCAGCAUCGCUCGUCCCCGCUAAGAAACUACCAGCUUAGUAUCACAGUAGCACGGCCAGAAAUCGGUGACGCUACGCUAGUUUUGAAUUCAGAUUUUGUCCACGCGUGGAAUCAUGCGCUGACUCGGCACCGUCGCACCGCCGUGCUUCCUUCGCACAUGCGACGUCGGGUCGUGCGCGCGACAAGAUCGACGAUGCAGCAGUGGCGAGAGCGGGAUGAGCUAUGGAUGACGCGUCUUCUGACGUGGCUGCUGACUGUCGCCUUGCUGAGCAGGUCUCGCGGCGCAGUCUACGGCGGGAAUGGCGCGCGGAGUCGGUCCCUGCGCCCCCCACUAGCGCCCCUCACGCCUCCCCCGCGCGCCUGGAACUGCAGCAUAUCCAACGGCGUGUGGGUGCCUUCCAGGAAGCUUCCCAUGUACAACGGCGUAUCCUGUCCGUACAUCCGACCGUCCCACAACUGCCGGCGGCAGGGGCGCACCGACUUUGACUACCAGACGCUGCGAUGGCGGCCCGUCGGGUGCGCGGUGCAGCGUCUAACCCCGGCUCGCCUGGUGCAGCAGUUUAAGAACAAGCUAGUGCUGGUGCUGGGGGACUCUGUGUCUAAGAACCUGGCGGACUCUAUAAAGUGUACGCUCUACACCGCUACCCCCAAGUCCAUUAAGAGUUUUCGACUCGCAAGCGGGAAAACACAGCUGACAGGCACCUGGAUCCCCCGCUACAACAUCCGGUUCGUGUCAGUGUUCUCAACGCACCUCAACAACGCCACCUCCCUGGCGGGCCAGCCCCAACCGAAGGAUCUGGAAGCCUUGGAGAGACUAGAAAACAUGGGAAGCGCGCCAACUGCCGAGGGAUCUGAGACGAUGGCCAAUCAGCAGUCGCAGGGGAUCCACCUGGACCAAUUGGAUUCCCGCAUCGUGGAUCUCCUGCCACUUGCCGAUAUCGUCAUUUUCCAGGCGACCAACUGGUGGUACUCCACCGCCAAUCAGUACUACCUCAAGAAUCGCAGAGUCAACCUGACUCGCACGGCCGCAUACGCCAUCGGGCUCACCACGCUCCGCAACUACGUGACGCGCUCAGCCCUGGUGGCCGCCCGGGGCUUUAAGGGGUUCAAAGGAAAGGCGGUGCUGCUGGGGGCGUCUCCAUCGCACUAUACUAUACCUGUGCCGGGGGUCAGGCCAGGGUUCUGCGAAGUAGAGGAGAGGAUGACGUGGCCGCAGACCAUUGAGUUUCGCAGGGAGGAUGUGAAGACAAACAAUUUCCGAGCAAUACAGAGGAGAGUCCUGCGGGGCUCGGUGAUUCGCUACGUGGACGUGGGACCGAUGAGUGACUGGCGGCCAGACGGGCACCUGCAGAAGUGGAUCACACCAGGCGGGUCGACCCAGAGGAAUGACUGUUUGCACUGGUGUGAGGCGGGGGUCACAGAUGCCUGGCUGGAAAUGGUCCACAAUACACUGCUCUUCUGACAUGCGGUGUUACUUACCGCCUUAUAUUUAUGAUUCAUAUAAC